AUGGCGGAAUGGCACCUCCCGAGCUGGCCGUGGCCGACGCUCGCGCGGACACUCGCCCGAGGGCUCGCCUGGACCACGGACAUUGCGGCCAUUGUCGUGCUCUGCUUCGUCGCGCAGACGUGGACGGCGACGUGCGGCGCCGUCGCCCCGGGAAUCAUUGGCGUGAGUGACACUCGUCCCCUUGGUGCUGCUUCGAGCGAGCGAGCAAGCCGGGCUGACGACGUGGGGAGCCCGCAGGCCGUCGUGGCCCUGCUCAACGAUAGCUGGCAGAUGGUUGCGUUUGCGGACGGCUCGCUCGGCUUCGCGUCCACGAGGCCCCAUCGGACGCUCAUGUACGACGUCUUCUCGCUGGCCGUCACGCUCGGCGGCAUCGUGCUCAUGAUUGUUUCCAACGUGCAGGGCGGAGGGGCCGUCGACGGGGGCGGAAUCGACUUGCACAAGUCUACCAUGGCCUGGUUGGGCAUGUGGCUCCUGACGGUCGUCAUAGUCUUCAGGGCUGGGUUUGCCUUGUGGGCAUGCGCCGACUGUUACAAGGAGUAUCAGCGAGAUGCGAGACGGUAUUCGGGGCGGACGGAGUUUGAGCAGGCCGAGAUGUGA